AUGUGUUCAGAAUACAAAUUCAUAUCAAGAAGAAUCUACAGUUCUUGUAGGGAUCUACCCCAUCUAUCUGCACAACUUCAUUGGACCUACAAUUCAUCAACGGGCAUAGCUCAAAUCGCAUACCGGGCCCGCCAGGGCUCACGCGGGUGGGUUGUGUGGGCGGUUAACCCGAACCAAAUAGGCAUGGUUGGAUUAGAAGCACUUGUGGCUUUUCAUAAUAGUAAUGGAAGUAUGACAGUUUAUACAACUUUGAUAAAUAGUUACAGUCCUUCAAUGAUGCCUGGAAAUCUUAGCUUUCAAGUUUCGGGUUUAUCUGGUGAGUCAUCGAUUAAUGAGAUUACUAUUUUUGCUGAUGUGGGUCCAUUUUCAGGUGGAUCUGUUGUUAAUCAAGUGUGA